AUGAAGCUGUUCUCGCGGCAACUCACCCUGCUUGCAGGCACUCUCUGCGCUCUCUGCGCGCACGCGAUCGCAAACCGCCAGACGGUAUGGGGAGAUGAAGCCGAAGAUGUCUCGGGUGCUUGCCCGGAUUAUACUGAAUAUGCCGCCAUGAAGCACCCACCAUACAGCGAAGGCCCUUUGAAGCUAUCCUUCCAGCGGCCGGUUGAGGCCUGUCGAACGUUUUCUUCACCCUAUGUUGAGAAAAUAAUUCACGACAUCACCUCUCGGAUGGUUGAUAAGGACCUUGCCCGGAUAUUCGAAAACGCAUUUCCCAAUACUCUAGAUACGACGGUGCGGUGGCAUGUCAAUGGGAGCCAGCCGGUAAAAAAAAGGAAUAGCCAUGCCCUGGCUGUUUGGGAGGGACCACAGUCAUUCAUCGUUACUGGGGAUAUUAAUGCCGAAUGGCUUCGCGAUUCAACAAAUCAACUCGCGCAGUACCAGCAGCUGGCAAAGAAGGACCCUAACAUCAAGAAUCUUAUUAUUGGAGCUAUAAACACGCAAGCUGAGUUCGUAAUUCAGUCGCCGUAUUGCAACGCCUUUCAGCCGCCACCUCCUAGCAAGUUGCUUCCGACAAAUAAUGGCCAGGACGAUGUUGUACAUCCGGCUUAUGAACCUUCAGUUGUAUUUGAAUGCAAAUAUGAGCUUGACUCUCUAGCAAACUUCCUAUCCCUUGGGAACCAAUUCUACACAAACACCGGCUCAGACGCGUUUCUAACCAACAGAUGGUAUAUGGCUCUGGACACGGUGCUUAGCACUAUUGAUGCGCAGUCCCAGCCCACGUUUGAUCCAUCUGGGGACUAUGUAGUCAACCAGUAUACAUUUCAGCGGACCACAAAAAUUGGCACAGAGACGCUCAAUUUACGUGGAAUUGGAAAUCCACUGAAUAACGAAACAGGUCUGGUUCGGAGUGCAUUUCGCCCCAGCGACGAUGCCUCGAUUCUUGGCUUCCUCAUCCCUGCAAACGCUAUGAUGUCCGUUGAAUUACGGCGCACUGCAGACAUGCUCCAGAAGGCGGGUGGAAAGAAAGAGCUCGUCAAUAAGCUCCGCGAAGUCUCGAAGAGGAUUGAGCAAGGUGUCUGGGAGCACGGAGUCGUUAAACAUAAAACAUUCGGGGAUGUUUUUGCGUUUGAGGUCGAUGGAUAUGGCUCUUCCAUCCUGAUGGACGAUGCAAACCUUCCGUCUCUACUAGCUCUUCCUUUGCUGGGGUUUGUCAACCAGGAUGAUAAAGUGUAUCAAAACACGCGCAAGAUGAUUUUGUCCAAAAAAGGAAACCCUUACUACUUAGUUGGCUCUGCGUUUCACGGAAUCGGUGGCCCACACAUUGGCGUUCAAAAUGCAUGGCCUAUGUCCGUUCUUGUCCGUGCUCGGACCGCAAUCAGUGACGAUGAGAUCCGAGAAUCAAUCAAUAUGGUUCGUGAUUCUAGUCUGUUGGGACUAAUACACGAGACUGUGCAUGUAAACCGCAUCAGUCAAUACACGCGCAGCUGGUUCGCGUGGGCGAACAGCGUUUUUGCGCAGACCAUUCUCGACCUUGCAGAGAGGAAGCCUUAUCUUCUUUUUGGGAAAGAUGCGAAGCCAUACCACAUCGCAGAUCUCCAGCUCUAG